UUAGGAACAAAAUUGGGUAGCAAAGGGACACGAGAACUUUCAAUGGGCUUUUUCCCACCUCGUUAAUUUCUCCGACCUGCAAGAAACGAAAAUGGCAAAAACUGCGUUCGGAUGUCAUGAUCUGAUGUCUCCAAUUUCAUACAUAUGAUAUAUAUUCAUAUCUUUCAGUUUCAAGGAGAAUUAACCCUAGCUUUGUACUACAUACAAAACAGCUACACAUAUCAACAGAGAGGAACAAUGGUGCUGUGGGAGAUCACAUUGGGAACGGCGUAUUUUUUGGGAUUGAAGAGGACAUACAAGCUUGCUCUCAGAAUACAACGACGUCUUGUUGGUCCUAAACGCCCAAAGAUCCGUCAAUUCCUUCAAAGGAAAACAAGAUCCAUAUUUGAUGUGGCACUAAAGGUUCAUCGUGAGGUACAACAAAGAGACAUUGAAGUUGGUAGAAAUCUUGGUAAUUGGAUCCUCAGAUGGCUUGACAAAAUGAAACCUGCUGCCCAGAUACGCUCCCAUCCCAAUUCCCAUUCCCAUCCUAAUUCCAAUUCCCAUUCCCAUUCCAAUUCCAAAUCCAACAAUAACAAUAAUAAUAAUAAUAAUAAUAAUAGUAAUCCACAGAAAACAUCAACCAAAAGCUAUUCGACCAACUCUUUUCACCAUAAACCAACUCCAAUGAGCAAUGAAACAAGAAACAAUAAGCAUCUGUUUACUUCAAGAAAAACUUGGCAUUCACCAUACCCAAGUAUUGGUAUGAUGAUGAGGCCACAGAUUGGAAUUAAUACUACUCACUACAGACGAUUUCAGUUGGAUGGGGUGAUUCGGAAUGAUAUAAUGCAAUGGAUGAUGAUGAACAACUAGAACCAGUGAGUGAAAAAUCAUUGGACUUGAUUGUUUUAGAUCGAUUUGUAUAUUCCCCUAAUUGUUCUUUCUGAAGCUUGUUAUGGAUUUGUGUAUAUUCAAUUGAUUGUUCAGAUGCUUUUGAAGCUUCUUUAUCUA